AUGGGUGACAAAUCCAUUUCUACUUCCAGCACUUCACAGGUUGCUGAUGUUGUUGUCUCAGAUGGAGCAAAAUCUUCCAUUGACUCUCCAUACCCUUUUUUCCUCUACCCUUCAGACUCACCGGGGAUGCUCCUGGUGAACUCUGUAUUUGAUGCCAAGAACAAAGUGGGGUUUAUUGAUGGAUUCAUUGCUCAACCCAAGAUCUCUUGUGAUUCUUUCAAAGCUUGGAAUCGGUGCAAUGAUAUGAAAAUAUCAUGGUUGUUGAACUCCUUCUCCAAGGAGAUAGCUGAGAGUAUCCUCUAUACUAAGACUGCUAGGGAUAUCUGGACUGAGCUUGAAGAGAGGUUUGGACAGAGUAAUGGGCCACAGCUCUAUCACUUGCAGAAGGAAAUCAAUGAGUUAUCUCAAGGCAAUUUGGAUAUCGUUGGUUACUACAUAAAGCUCAAAAGGUUUUGGGAUGAGUUAGAUAGCCUUGAUGUUGUUCAACAUUGUACCUGUGAUUGUAUUUGUGGAGGGAAAGUAAAUACCCACAAGUCUCAUCAGGAUGUAAGGCUCAUUCAGUUCCUUAUGGGACUGAAUGAAGCCUACUCUGGUCCUAGGAGCAGCCUGCUCAUGCUCUCUCCCUUACCUUAA